GUCAAUGCGCCACCCCAAGGCAAGCUCGCCACCCCAGCAAAGGCCAGGCGCCGGCCCAUCACGUCACGGCGCCGCGGCUGGGAGCGGAAUAAAACGGGGCUGUAGCCAGGAUCUGGUUCCACCGCCGCACCGCCACAAGAGACGAAACUCCCGACGGGGACUCCACCUUCGCUCCCCCACACGGGAAGAAGCGGACAAGCGGCGCGUUUCCCCACCGGGAAGCUACUAGUAACCGCGGCAAGCCGAGGAGCCGAGGCAAAGCAGCAGCCUUCUUCUUCUCUUCUUUGUUCUCCUCGCCCACGGUUUCCUGGCCGGACCACCGGGGACAGCCGAGCAAUGGCGAGGGCGAGGCGGGGAGGCGUGGGCUGGAGGACGGUUCUUGCCGCGGCGCUGUGGCUUCUUGUUGUGGCGGCGGAGGCCGGGAAGUACAACGCGGUGUUCAAUUUCGGGGACUCCCUGGUGGACGCCGGCAACCUGGUGACCGAGGGCAUCCCGGACUACCUCGCCACGGCGCGGCCGCCCUACGGCCAGUCCUACUUCGGCUACCCCACCGGCCGCUGCUCCGACGGCCGCCUCGUCAUCGAUUUCAUCGCGCAAGAGUUCGGGCUGCCGCUGCUGCCCCCGUCCAAGGCCAAGAACGCCAGCUUCGCGCAGGGCGCCAACUUCGCCAUCACCGGCGCCACGGCGCUCGACACGGAGUUCUUCGAGAAGCGGGGGCUCGGGAAGAGCGUCUGGAACUCCGGGUCACUCUUCACCCAAAUCCAGUGGUUACGCGACCUCAAGCCCUCCUUUUGUAACUCCACCCAAGAAUGCAAGGAUUUCUUUGCCAAGUCCCUGUUCGUAGUGGGUGAAUUGGCCGGAAAUGACUACAACGCGCCGCUCUUUGCCGGGAAGGAUCUCAGGGAGGCCUACAACUUGAUACCCCAUGUCGUUCAGGGCAUCUCAGAUGGUGUGGAGCAAUUGAUUGCCGAGGGGGCAAAGGAUUUAAUUGUGCCUGGAGUGAUGCCGUCUGGGUGCUUUCCAGUGUACCUGAGCAUGUAUGUUGAUCCUAAAGAGGGCUACGGUCCGCGUAGCGGCUGCCUCAAGCGAUUCAACACAUUUUCAUGGGUGCACAACGCGAUGCUCAAGCAUGCGCUGGAGAAGCUUCGUGCCAAACACCCUGGCGUGAGGAUCGUAUAUGGGGAUUACUUUACACCAGUUAUCCAGUUCUUGCUUCAGCCUGAAAAAUUUGGAUUUCACAAGCAGCCGCCUAGAGCAUGCUGUGGCGCUCCCGGGAAGGGCCCUUACAACUUCAAUCUGACAGCAAAGUGCGGCGAGCCUGGUGCUACGCCGUGUGCUGAUCCGAAGACACAUUGGAGCUGGGACGGCAUUCACUUGACGGAGGCCGCAUAUGGGCACAUUGCCAAAGGUUGGUUGCAUGGCGAAUUCGCGGAUCAACCUAUCAUACAGUCUUCCUGAGCAUCUGGUCGCUUGGCCUGUUGUGCCUAGAGUCUAGAGUGUAUCAAAAUAGCACACCAGAUUGUAACUGGUAAGGUAUAGCUCCAUAUAGUAUCAUGUAUGUAUAUCUCCAUCCAUUUUGUUGGGAUUCAUGUCAGCCAGUUAAAGAGAAAUGAGAUAGGAGGCUGUUAAAGCGUCAUUUCUUCAUUCAUCAGGUGGUAUAAGUAACAAAAUGUAUUGCUUAAAGUGGUUGAAUAUGAUGCAUAGUAUGAUCUUCUGUAGUCUCUGACUUGCUGAUCAAAGUUCA